AUGUAUCUAAUAUACAAAAUCAUUUUCUUAUCAAUUCUAUGCACUUCAAGUGCAAUAUCACAAGACCCUUCAGGAGAAUUCUGCAAUAAAAACACAAACAUCAGCAGUGAAGGAAAAUUAUCAACCAAUAUCGAUAAAGUAUUAUCUGAACUAGCCCUUAAAACACCUUCCACUUUCUUUACUACUACUUCAUAUGGUAACAACAAAGACAAAGUGUAUGGCUUAGCUCAAUGUAGAGGAGAUAUCAACACACAAGACUGCACCAAUUGUAUUCAUGAUGCAACAAAACAAAUCCGACAACGUUGUCCGAACCAAGCUGACGCAAGAAUUUGGUAUGAUUAUUGUUUUUUAAGGUAUAGUAACACGAGUUUCAUUGGUGAAGUUGAUACAUCUUUUGGUAUAUUUUAUUUCAACACUGAAAAUGUAACUGAUUCUGAGGUUUUUAAUAAAAAACUUGGAGCAUUAAUGGAUCAAGUUAGAGGAGAAGCUGUUAUGGUUAAAGAUAAAGGGCUUGGAAAAGGGAAAACUGUGUUGUCGCCGUUUGUGACAGUUUAUGGUUUGGUUCAGUGUACUAGGGACUUGGAUGAGGUAUCUUGUGCUCAGUGUUUGGCUAUUGCUGUGAGCAAUUUUCAAACUUUUUGUAAUGAUAGGAAGGGUUGUAGAGUUUUGUAUAGUUCUUGUUAUGUUAGAUAUGAAUUGUACCCUUUUUUCUUCCCUCUUGAUUCGAGUAAAACAAGAGGUUCUAGUGUAGGAAAGGUUGUUGUUUAUCCUUAA